AUGGCGGUGGCACGGAAAAUCAAAACUUUGUUGACGGUGAACAUCUUGGUCUUCGUGGGCAUCAUCCUCUUCUCCGUCUACUGCAGGAUCCAGGACCGCUCCCAGGAGCUGGUGCAGAUCGUCCGGAGCGCGGACCGCCGGGCCAGGAGCCGCGGCGCCAAGGUGGGCAGCCUGGCCGACCGGGAGUCCAUCCUGCAGCGCCUGGACCACCUGGAGGAAGUGGUCUACAACCAGCUAAAUGGUCUGGCAAAGCCCAUGGGAUUAGUUGAAGGUCCAGGAGGCUUGGGCCAGGGGGGAAUGGCUGCUACCCUGAGAGAUGAUAGCCAUGAAUCGGAGACUAAGUAUGAAGAAUAUGGUUACAAUGCCCAACUCAGUGACAGGAUAUCACUGGACAGGUCCAUCCCUGACUACAGACCUAAAAAGUGCAAACAGAUGACCUACUCAGAUGACCUCCCCCAGAUCUCUGUGGUCUUUAUAUUUGUAAACGAGGCUCUCUCUGUCAUCCUGCGCUCUGUGCACAGCGUGGUCAAUCACACCCCCUCGCACUUGCUCAAGGAGAUCAUUCUGGUGGAUGACAACAGUGACAAUGUUGAGCUAAAAUUUAAUCUGGACCAAUAUGUCAAUAAAAGAUACCCAGGUCUGGUGAAAAUAGUGCGGAAUAACAAACGAGAAGGACUGAUUCGAGCCAGAAUCCAAGGCUGGAAAGCAGCAACAUCUCCUGUCGUUGGAUUCUUUGAUGCUCACGUUGAAUUCAACAUUGGCUGGGUGGAACCUGCACUAACCCGGAUCAAAGAAGAUCGGAAGCGGAUCAUCUUGCCAGCAAUUGACAAUAUCAAGUACAACACGUUUGAGGUGCAGCAAUACGCCAACGCCGCCCACGGCUACAACUGGGGCCUCUGGUGCAUGUACAUCAUCCCACCACAGGACUGGCUCGAUAAAGGGGAUGAGUCAGCUCCCAUCAGGACACCAGCUAUGAUUGGAUGCUCAUUUGUAGUGGACCGAGAGUAUUUUGGUGAGAUUGGCUUGCUUGAUCCUGGUAUGGAGGUCUAUGGAGGAGAAAAUAUUGAAUUAGGCAUGAGGGUCUGGCAGUGUGGGGGAAGCAUGGAGGUGUUGCCCUGCUCCCGCGUGGCGCACAUCGAGCGCACCAAGAAGCCCUACAACAACGACAUUGACUACUAUGCAAAGCGCAACGCCCUGCGGGCUGCCGAGGUCUGGAUGGAUGACUUCAAGUCGCAUGUUUACAUGGCCUGGAACAUCCCCAUGGCAAACCCUGGAGUUGACUUUGGAGACGUCUCAGAACGAAUAGCUCUACGGCAGCGACUGCAGUGCCGGAGUUUUAAGUGGUACUUGGAGAACGUCUAUCCUGAAAUGAGGGUUUAUAAUAACACAGUCACUUAUGGAGAGGUGCGUAACAGCAAAGCCAGCGGCUACUGCUUAGACCAGGGAGCUGAAGAGGAUGACAAAGCAAUCCUUUAUCCAUGCCAUGGAAUGUCCUCUCAGCUUGUCCGCUACAGCUCGGAGGGCGUCCUGCAGCUGGGGCCGCUGGGCUCCACCGCCUUCCUGCCCGACUCCAAAUGCCUGGUUGACGACGGGAAGGGCAGGACACCCACGCUGAGGAAGUGUGAGGAUGUCCUGAGGCCAGCACAGAGGUUCUGGGAUUUCACACAGAAUGGCCCAAUCAUCAGCAGAGACACUGGCCGUUGUCUAGAAGUGGAAAUGUCAAAGGAUGCAAAUUUUGGGCUCAGAUUAGUUGUACAAAGGUGCUCGGGGCAAAAAUGGAUGAUUAGAAACUGGAUAAAGCACGGUCGACAUUGACUGCUGGGGCUGAGGAGCUGCUCUGCUGCCCUUGCCCAUUGCUCAGCGUGCCAUAUCUUGCAAGGCAUUUGUCUGAAAGCAAGUUAGUUUCAACAGGACUUGGCCCUCAUGAGUCCUCCAGAGUUGGACAUUCAAGGAAAAAAAAAAGGAGAAAAAGAAAAGCAGACACAAACAUGCCCUAUUUGACUCUUCCUUGCUCCAGUAGAUGACCUGAGAAGCCUAACAGGACUUUUCUGUUGAUUUGGGAAUCUUGUGAAGAUCAGAACACAACAGAAAAGUGGGUUCCUUCAGCUCUCCUAGAGGAAUUAAUGGACAGAUGAUUCUAUGAUGAGUUCAAAGGAGAUCCCAAUACUGCCUCAUGAAGAGAGCUCUCUGAUGGGAAGCUUUUUAGCUUUAAGUUAUUGACUGGUGCACAACUCCUACGGUGAAUAAUUAUGUGCCUUUUUUAUUGUACUUCAUAUAAAGGGGACUGGAAAACUCA